AUGUUUCAAGUGGGUAGUCUCCUAAAAAACCAAUUUCUUUUUAUUUUUCUUUUCAACACAUGCGCUCUUAGAAAUGGCAUUCCCUUGGUGGCGUUUGGCCAUCGAAAUGUGAAGCCAAUGCUCAUUAUCCCGUAUUAUUUUGAGGGAAGCCAUGGAACACCAAAUUCUCUUCUUGAGAGUUUUUGGGUUCAUAAGCUACAAACGUCAUACAGCACCGGGAUCAGCAGAGUCGUACUGGGACAAAACGAUAUCCAAGAAGGCCCUGGGGCGUGUAUCAGCGUACCAUCAGCAGCAGUUUCUUUUACAUAUUUCACCUUAGUGUGA